CAGGCUAUAUAUAUAUGUUUGUUCUCUGGGAAAUGAACCCAUGACCUUAAGUGCUGCUAAUGCAAUGCCCUACCACUGAGCCACAGGAAAACCUGUUGUCAAAAGCAGAAAUGCUUUGAAAAGCACAUUUUAAGAGAAAGUGGGACAUGUUAGAACAAAGCAAGUACUAUUUUUGAAAUCCGCAGCAUCCCAAAAUUUGUAAGAAACACAUAGGAGUGAAUUUCAUCCAUAGCUGUCACACACAGUUGUGCUGUCGCUUGGAGGCAAAAGAUAUUCAAAUAAAUAAGUCUGUGUCUUGAUUUAACUACUACCAACUUGCUAUUCCUGCAGGUAUGAAGAAACAUAUAAACUCAACUCUGCUUAGAUUUCGAUGGCUCUGUUUGCUCAAAAUGUCUUCCGACACCUAAAGACUGACUCAUAACAUUUUUCAAAAGCCCACUGUUUGAGAUGUUCCACAUCCUAUCUAGUAUUCAAAUGGCUGCUGAAUGCAUGCUCAUUAUCUGUCGGCCACGCUCUCUGUGGUCAGUGACACAUAGGAGAGAGCUUCCUCAUCUCAGUCAAACCUGAGCUUUGGGGUGUACUCUGAACAGUGGUUUCCUGCAUAUGGUAUUGUCAGUUCUUUCUUUCAUUUUUCUUAAUUCCAAUUUUGUUUCCUUCUGUGUGCUUGCAACACUCCUAAAACAGCCUUUGAAAUGACACCGUUACAAUUUAAAGAUUCUUUUUGGGGCCCAGAAUUCACCAGUAACACCGGAUAUGAGACUCUUAUCCAGAAGCUAUGUGAUGGCCGACGAGCUUGCAAAGAUAUGGAGGAGCUCUUAAGAAUGAGAGCGAUGGCAGAGGAACGGUACGGCAAGGAAUUGAUUAUUAUCGCACGCAAAACAGGAGGGCAAAGUGAAAUUGGCACUUUGAAGGCAUCAUUUGACCAACUAAAAGCCCAAAUGGAGAACAUAGGAAAUUUGCACAUUCAGCUCUCUGGGAUGUUACGAGAAGAGGCCAAACGAAUGGAGCAGUUUAGAGAACGACAAAAGGAGCAGCGAAAAAAGUUUGAAGGGGUCAUGGAAAAGAUUCAGAAGACUAAAGUGUCAUUAUAUAAGAAAACCAUGGAGUCUAAAAGGACGUAUGAACAGAGAUGUAAAGAGGCUGAUGAAGCUGAACUGGUUGCUGAGAAGCUCAACAGUACAUCCACGGUCACCCCCAAACAAUCUGAAAAGACACAAAACAAAGCAAAACAGUGCAGGGACGCAGCAACAGAUGCAGAGAAACAGUACAUGUCCAACAUAGAGCAGCUGGAUAAGAUUCGUCAGGAAUGGGAGACCACGCACGAGUGCACGUGUGAGGUUUUCCAGCAGCAGGAAGACGAUCGUAUUAACAUAUUGAGAAAUGCUGUUUGGGUUCAUUGUAACCACUUUUCCAUGCAAUGUGUCAAAGAUGAUGAGUGUUAUGAGGAGGUGAGGAAAGUGCUAGAAAUGUGUGACAUCACGGAAGACAUCAACAGUUUCAUCCAGACGAAAAGCACUGGUACCACUCAUGCAGCACCCAUUGUGUUUGAAAACUAUUACCAUAGAGAACCAACAACGGACAGCAAUGGCAUUGUACGCUUUGGAGGAGGUGUGAUGAAGAGGUGUGUUUUCCACUGCUGGGUCUGUAUGUUCAUGUAUAUUUGCCAUGCUGACAAGACAGAAAACAAUGGAAAAUGUUUUCAAGUCUCUUGCAAGGCAGCUGUGCUGUUGGCUCUAGGACUAAUAAUGAGUUUGCUCAGCCAUCAGCACCUCCAUCAGGUGACAACUCCGAUGGAGUGUAUGCCUCGAUUCCUGGAUUUCCUCGAGCAACCUCAGACAGUGUUGGCUCUCAAAGCAGCACAUACCAGGCUCUGUAUGACUAUGUCGCUCAGGGCACUGAUGAGCUCUCCAUCUCUGUGGGGGAAGUGCUGCUCGUGGUGGAACAGGGAGGAGACGGCUGGUGGACGGUGGAGAGGAACGGCCAGACUGGGCUUGUGCCAGGCUCCUACUUGGCCAAGAUAUGAAUCAAGAGUCUAGCGCACACUGGAAAGCCUCUCCAUGUCCUUAAACGCCCUCUAAUAGCAGAGUUAUUAAGGGCACUCCCUAUAAAUGUGUCUCAGAGGAGGAUUUCUGUUUGCUAAAUGCAUUGAAGCAGUAGCACAUCCAUACUGAAAAUCUGUAUGGAACAUAAAAACAGGUUAACGCGUGUCUUAAAAACUGAUAAUUAUACGUGACUAUCAUUAUUGUCCAGAUAGAGAUUUUAUUUUUAUUAUAAAAAUUAUUUAUUGUGAAUGAAGAACAUAAGAAUGUAUAACACAAUGAUUGCCACUACGGACUUGCCAUGACUGAGUUCAUGACGAUGCACAGAUUUUGGUGUUCACAUAGAUAUUUUAACAGAAUUACAAAUUUCAACUUUUUGGAAAGUGAAUCAAUGAAACAAAAGUGAGGUCAUCUAUAAUCUUAAAUAUUAUAUCAUCUAUAAUAGAGCUCUAGGUUGAGCAUGUUGUAUUUAUCACUUGGUCUGUAAAAUAAAAGCUGUGUAAUGAUCGUUGACUGAAUGGAGGUUGGGUAAAGGUUUGAACACUGUGGCUGGAAUAGUUUUUGACUCAGGCGGUUGGUUGAGAGACAAGGCCAAGGGAACAAUCCACAAACUUUUCCAAACACUUCUCAGUCACUGUAUUCAACUUACCAUGUUUGAUUUAUCAUAAAUGUUUAGAAAUCGCAGUCAAUUAAACUCUUUUUUUGCUCAACAA